AUGGCCACCGCCGCUUCGACCUCUGCCUUCGACCGCGAAGAUGUCCAGUUCCCCUCUGGCGGCGAACUCUGCGCCGCAUGGCUUUACCGACCCACUGGUGCACCUUUGCAAAAAGCUUCGAGCUCGAGCAAGCCGCGGCUGUAUCCGGUUGUGGUCAUGGCCCAUGGUCUCGGCGGGAUCAAGGAGAUGGGGCUCGACCGGUACGCUUCGUGUUUUGCCGAGCUGGGCAUCGUGUGCCUUGUGUUUGACUACCGACAUCUGGGCGAGAGCGGUGGGACGCCGCGGCAGCUGAUCGACAUCCAGCGCCAACUCGACGACUACGUGGCUGCAAUCGACUAUGCCGCGCAGCUCGAGUUUGUGGAUAAGCAGCGCAUCGGUGUUUUUGGAAGCAGCUUCAGUGGCGGACAUGUCAUUGAGGUCGCGGCUAGGGACAAGAGGGUCACCGCUGUCGUGUCCCAGUGUCCCUUCACCAACGGUUUCCACUCUGCGCGGUGUGCGGGCAUCCUUCCUAUGUUCCAGCUGUUGGGUCUGGCCAUCCGCGACGUGCUGUUUACACGCAAGGACGAGAUCGUCUCGAUCAAGCUGGCGGGCAAACCCGGUGAAACUGCAAUGAUGAACUCGCACGACGCCAUGACGCUUUACGACCUGGUCCCCCCGCACCUCGAGUCCGAGUACAAAGACUACAUCGCGGCGCGCCUCGUCCUGCACAUCGGCUUCUACUGUCCCGGCUGGAAGACGUCCAAAGUCCACUGCCCCAUUUUGUUCGCCAUUUGCGGCAAAGACUCGGUCUGCCCGUCCGCUCCCACCCUCUCCUACGCUAAAAAAGCCCCGAAAGCCACCAUCAUGCACUACAAGGAUACCGGCCACUUCAAUAUCUACACAGGCGCCAACUUCGACAUGGCAACCAAGGACUACACCAAGUUCCUUCGUAGCAAUCUGUAG